AGUCCUUACUCACGACUGAAUCUAGCUUUUAAAAAAGCUAACUAGCUUUUAUAACACUCGACGCCGCUCGUUAUAUUUACGUUCUGAAUACAUAUUUUAAAACGUAGUCUAUUGGGCUCAGGUGGGCAAUUUACCUCAUGGAUUUCCUCAGAGGAGACAGUAUGUAGGUUAUUGAACGCGUUACGAGUGAACAGCUCCCUUGUCGGUCUGUCGGUCGGUUGUUUUUUCGAAGCACAUCUCUCGCUGUGAAGAAUGUUUUCUGCCUGUGUCGCGCGCGCUCACACACGCGCGCACGCAUACAUGCACAGCGCGGCCAGCGCGCGAAAGAAGUGAAGCGCAUCCGCCGAAGCAGCAGCAUCGGAGUCGCACGGAUAUCCUCACUCGGAUUGCUUUUACAUACCACCGCCUCACCUAUGCGCUUUUCACACGGGGAUGCAACUCCUCAACUGCUUGGAAUAUAUUCGGCUGUUACAUUUGCAUUCGCAGUAGCGGCUGACUCAAAUCAGAGAGCGCGCACCUCUGCGUAACGCACAGGCGGUGGAUUGUGAUGUGCGCAUUCGGUGGUGGAUUGGAGGUGAAAGGAGGAAUUGGAUCGGACAAGAUUUGAUAAGGACCCGUAAGAGGAGAAGCAGCUUAGUUUAUAACCUCUGUGACUGGACACCCUCUGGUUUUACGCAUCGUUUCUACUCUCGAGAUCGAGUGCGCAAGAUUGCAUGUCAUGUCAUUUCUCUUUGACUGAUCGCAGCAUCCAAGAGGAACCUGAAGACUGCGAUGCCAGGACAGUGAGAAGGUGGAUCUCAGUUGUUCGGUAGCAUGGCUCCGUCCCGGAGGGACUGCAGAUGUGACAUGAUCUUUCUGUCGGGAUGCCUACUCCUGUCCGUCUUGGGAUUUCAACCUGCACUGGCGAAGGUUUGCAACGAUUACACAAGGCACGGCCUGGACAACAACUGGUACACGAGGGAUGGUGAGAAGUUGCCCAUCAUGGUCCUGAUGCCGAUGAAUGAAUCAGCGCUGAUGAGCAGCAUCAGUCAAGGCAUCGAGCCGGCCGUUCAGCUGGCCAUCCAGCACAUCCGCGAGUCCAGGCAGUACUCCUUCUCGCUCAUCACCAAAAUCUACGACACGGAGUGUGACAACGCGAAGGGAUUGCGGGCCUUCUUUGAUGCGAUCUGCUACGGUCCGAAACAUUUGAUGAUCUUUGGAGGAGUGUGUCCGUCAGUGACUUCAAUCAUCGCUGAAUCGUUGGAGGGGUGGAACCUCGUGCAGCUUUCUUUUGCAGCCACAACUCCUGUCCUGGCAGACAGGAAAAAGUAUCCAAAUUUCUUCAGGACUGUCCCAUCAGACAAUGCUGUGAACCCUGCUGUGGUGAAGUUUCUCAACUAUUAUAACUGGAGCAGAGUAGGAACCCUGACCCAAGAUGUUCAACGCUUUUCUGAGGUGCGGAAUGAUUUGACCAAUGAGCUGGAGAAGGCAGACAUCCAGAUUGCAGACACUGAGAGUUUCUCUAAUGAUCCCUGUGUGAAUGUGAAGAAACUAAAGGAUAAUGAUGUUCGGAUCAUCAUCGGUCAGUUUGAUGAGAAUCUGGCUGCUAAAGUUUUCUGCUGUGCCUACAACCUGAACAUGUAUGGAAGUAAGUACCAAUGGAUCAUCCCAGGAUGGUACCAGGGGAACUGGUGGGAGCAGGCAAACUCUACAAACUGCACCACGAAGAAGCUGCUGACAGCCAUGGAGGGCUACAUCAGCGUGGACUUUGAGCCUCUCAGUGCCAAACAGAUUAAAGGAAUAUCAGGAAGAACGCCGCAGGAGUACGAGCGGGAGUACAACCGCGAGCGAGAGCAGAAAGGAGUGGAGGCCAGCAAGUUCCACGGCUUUGCCUACGAUGGCAUCUGGGUGAUUGCGAAGACCCUCACACGCGUCAUGGAGCUCCUCAGACACAAGGAGAGGCACGACAUGUACCACAACUUCACGGUAGAUGACCGCGAGGUGGGCAAAAUGGUCCUGGACGUGAUGAACGAAACCAACUUCUUUGGAGUGACGGGUCAGGUGAUGUUCAGGAACGGGGAACGCAUGGGAACCAUCAAAUUCACCCAGUUUCAAGAGGGUCAAGAGGUGAAGGUUGGCGAGUACAACGCCAUUGCAGAUGUACUAGACCUUAUCAACAACACCAUCAGGUUCCAAGGUGUUGAACCGCCGAAGGAUCGGACGUUUGUGCGUUUGCAGCGCCGGCAAAUAAAUGUCCCCCUCUACAGCAUCCUGUCUACCAUCACUGUUCUGGGCAUGCUCAUGGCAGGAGCCUUCCUCUUCUUUAACAUCAAAAACCGCAACCACAGGCUGAUCAAAAUGUCGAGUCCCUAUAUGAACAACCUGAUCAUUCUGGGGGGCAUGCUGUCAUACGCCUCCAUUUUCCUCUUCGGUCUGGACGGGUCCUUUGUGUCAGACAAGGAAUUUGAGACCCUCUGUACUGUCCGUACAUGGAUUCUCAUUGUGGGUUACACAACAGCGUUUGGCGCCAUGUUUGCAAAGACCUGGAGAGUGCAUGCUAUCUUCAAGAAUGUAAAGAUGAAGAAGAAGAUUAUCAAGGACCAGAAGCUCUUUAUCAUCGUGGGUGGGAUGUUGCUGAUUGAUUUGUGCAUCCUCAUAUGCUGGCAGAUCGUGGAUCCCCUGAAGAGAACUGUGGAAGAGUACAGCUUGGAGGCGGAUCCUCAGGGACGAGACAUCGCAAUCCGGCCCUUCCUGGAGCACUGCGAGAACACGCACAUGACCAUUUGGCUGGGGAUUGUCUAUGCCUACAAAGGCCUCCUUAUGCUGUUUGGAUGUUUCUUGGCCUGGGAGACUAGAAACGUGAGCAUUCCAGCGCUGAACGACAGCAAGUACAUCGGCAUGAGUGUGUAUAAUGUGGGUAUCAUGUGUAUCAUUGGGGCAGCGGUGUCCUUCCUGACCCGGGAUCAGCCUAAUGUGCAGUUCUGCAUCGUGGCACUGGUCAUCAUCUUCUGCAGCACCAUCACGCUGUGCCUGGUUUUUGUGCCAAAAUUUAUUACAAUGCGAACAAACCCGGAUGCGGCCACACAGAACCGGAGGUUAAAGUUCACCCAGAACCAGAAGAAGGAAGAUUCCAAGACGUCCACCUCAGUAACCAGUGUUAACCAGGCCAACACUUCCCGUCUGGAUGGAUUACAGUCAGACAACCACCGCCUCCGAAUGAGAAUUACAGAGCUGGAUAAGGAACUGGAAGAGGUUACCAUGCAACUCCAGGACACUCCAGAAAAGACUCCAUACAUUAAACAAAACCACUACCAGGAUGUCAACAAUAUCCUGAGCAUACGCAACUUCACUGACGGCAAAGAUGGAGAGAAAUCUCUGAAGAACCACUUAGAGCAGAAACCCCAGGCUCAGUGGGGAUCCAUGGAUCCUUCUAGGAUAAGCAGAGGUCCACUAGAAGAUAUCAACUCACCAGAACACAUACAACGCAGACUGUCCCUGCAGCUGCCAAUCCUGCAUCAUGCCUAUCUGCCCUCCAUAGGAGGGGUGGACGCGAGCUGCAGCAGUCCCACGAGCAGCCCAGCAUCCAGCCCGCGCCACAGACACAUGCCCCCCUCCUACAGGGUCAUGGUGUCCGGCCUGUGAGGCCCACCGCCUGCCCUGCACUCCGAGGAAGCGAUCAGCUUUUUUAUUUUAAGACAGACUGAGCAAUAUCAGCGGUUAACAGAAGCGUGUGAGCAACCCAGGGGGGUCCAACUCUUCAUGCAUUCGUGACCCCCCUCCCACCAUCCAUGGCCACAUCAGAACAGAACUGAUCUUUCAGGCUAGGAGGGAGGUGACAGGAGGUCCUCACAUGGCAACCCAACCCAGACUCCCAUCCUCUCGGUCCCGUCACCUCCCGUUCCUAACUCGAUGGACUCAACGCCCCCCCAAACACAAUUGCGGAGGACAGGAGCUGUAGCCUUAGCUGGUAAAAAAAAGAGACGCUUCCUCCAGCAGCCUUUCCACGAUAUCUGUGUGCAUCGGUUCUGCUGGAACUUGCGGGAAAUGGGCAGCGUAUGUGACCGAGGACUCCACCUCUUUAUUCACCAUGUCAACAGCCAUGUAAAUACCAUAUUCGAACAUCAAAGUGAGCUUUGAAUAUGCUGUGAAAUGAAUUAUUCCAAUGAGGCCUGGUAAUCGGAGAACUUUACAAACAGCCGACGAACCAGAAAGAGACACACGUACGCCGUCGCAACCGGUAUGAAUUUGUUGUAUUGCUUCAGUGUCCCAAUGGUGUGAAAAAGUGGUAAAUAAGACUAUUAGCGUCUCAAUUUUUUUGCUAAAGACAACAAGGGAGUGUUUCAGGGUAACGCGGGCCAACUGUUCUCACCUGGAUAGACGUGAACCGCACAUUGUUUUUCUUCAAAAACAGCUAGCAUCAUGUAGGCCUAUCCUGGUAUCAGAGUAUCAAAAGUACUACUUUGAUUUAUCGCAAGUAACGUCACGUUAGAGGUCGCGCAAGUGCGACCUCCAAGAGCCACAGGUCCAGGGACUUUAGAGGGUCAGUCUUCCAUUACAGCCGAGCGAGUUGAUCCUGCAUAUCAGGACUGAAACACGCAGAUGCAGCCCUAUGCUUCGGAUGUACGAUAGCCGUCACGUGACCGGCUGUUACAGAACAAGAAGACUCACAAAUUGCGAUAAUAACAGGGAAGUGGUACGCCAUGCAGAGCAAAACCAAAAUAUCCUCACAGAAAGCUGCGAGGUUACACAAAAGAAGCGGUCCACACAGCAAGACAGAAGAACGAUAUUGUAUUAAACAGCGGGACUGAAAAAUUAGCACAAGUGUAAUUAACUUAAUAAGAGCAAGUCAUGUAUGAACAAAGCCUCGUUUUGACUUUCCGGUUUACCCGCCCUCUGUUUAUUUCUUGUUUUUUUUCUGUUUUCUUUCGGUUGAUUAAAACCCCAACAUGUGUGAAUCCUCUACGGUUGUAGCUUGGGCUAAAAGGGCUCGGGUGGAGGGUGCGCGUUUGCCCGUUCCAGGGGAGAAAUGGCAGAAAGGUCCGCCCCGCUAUCAGAGUGACAUUGUGAAAAUACAUCACCUAGCUCUUAGCAACAGUGAAAUUACCUCAUAGUUGCUAUAGAAAUGUAACUGUGUGCAGUGAACUUUGCACAACGUCUUGCAGAGAUAGGGAGCAUCAGCUAGAGCUGGUGUCGUGCUACUUUUGUAAAUCUGGAAAUGUACUCAAAAUUAUCGGAAAUAAGCUACGUAUCAUUCAUAUCAAAGGCAAGAGUUCGUUUCAGCUGAUAUCUCACCGUCGGUGUCUUGGUUUUAGUUUCUGUCAGAUUUGUUACUGUGAUGUGUGUCUUACUGGAGCCUGAUGGACCGUAUUGUGUGUGACAAAACCAGUGACAGCACAUAUGAUCCAUAUGAAGCCAAUGCAUUGAGAAUUUCUUUAACUUGUGACUUCCUUCUGUAUGGCUGUUAUCUAGAGAUAACGUAACAUUCGUGGGUAUCGUCUCAGCUUUUUGGGAAAGCAGGAGGAGAUUGAAACAAAACAGAGGUGCGUUUGCUAACAGCAGUUGUCAUAGUACCUCACGCUCACUAAUGAGUCACAAUGACAAAGACCUUUAAAUACAACAACACAAACAGAUACGCAAAAAUCCCACAACGCCACGGGAGCUUGUCUUAGUAUGACGGCCACGACCUAGACUGACGUUUCUAAUGCACGAUGAGUUUUUCAGUACACGGAGGCGAUUGUCUACAUUUUGACUUGACUUUUGCAGCUUAUGACUGACUGAGUUUUCAUUCUUACUACAAUCAGCUCUUAUUUCCAAGUUCAUUUCAACAUUUAUUCUUCAAUGUUGUGUCUUCAAUGAUAUGUUGUUUGGCACGUUCAGCAGUCAGUAUCCCACAAUAUGAAACGUCUUUGGCACAUGUGAACACCACAUCUGAUGUUCAAUAUUAGAGAAAAAACUUAAACAUCAACACUGCAGAAAAUUAUGUACAUUUUACAUUACAAAUUGAGAUUAGCAUACUGGCUUUAUUUGUUCAUUGUUUCUUAUUGCCCUUUAACCUCCUGUUAAAAUGUUGGGGUAACACUACAAAAAUGUUCAUUAAAAUGUCAUUAACAAGGGGCCAUUGUACAAAAUUGGUGCAAACUGAUGUCCCACAACCAAAAACAUCUAAAAAGCAUUUAAGUAUUCAAAUCUUAGAUGGUUACUAAGAUCUUUGUAUUAUCUAUUGAAACCCACAAUAAUAUUUAAAAUAUCAGUAAGCUUAGCUUACAAUUGGGAGGUGGUUGUCCCGAACCCUAACUGCUAAAUUUAAACGUGAAUGAAAAUGAUAUUGAGUAAUUUUAGCAUUUUAUUUCAUUGCUGUUUUUAAAAAUAUCUAUUUGUAAAAAAGUCAAGUUCAAAUUUUUUUUUUUUUUUUUUUUAAAUUAGGAAAGUUUUUUGGUCAUUUUUAUGUCACUACUAAAACAGUGUAUGUUUUAGUUCAUUGCCUGAGACUGAUUUUAACUACACCCCUACACUGUAAAAAACAAUUUGUUGAGUCAACUUAAAAUAAUUUGUAACCUGGCUGCCUUAAAAUUUUAAGUUCAGUCAACUCAAAAAAAGUUUAUUCAACUUGAAAUGUUAAAUUAUACUAAGUGACCACUUAGAUAUUUGAGUUGAAUCAGCUUAAAAUUUUAAGGCAGCUGGGUUACUUACCCAUCUGUUAAGUUUAGCAAACACAAAUAUCUAAGUUGUUACUUAGUCCAAUUUAACAUUUCAAGUUGACUAAACUUAUUUUAGUUGACUGAACUUAAAAUUUUAAGGCAGCAGGGUAACAAAUUAUUUUAAGCUGACUUGACAAAUUGUGUUUUUUAUUUUUUACAGUGUACAUGUAUGAUCAGGAAAUAUUAAUGUGUCUCCCUCUCGUAACUACAUGGUGAUAAGAUGAGGUAAAUUUUUUCAAAAGUCUGAAAAUUUGUGUGUAACUUUAAGGAGCGUCACUACCAAAUACUUUUUAAUGCAAUUAAGCACACUUUUUUUGGGAGUCAUAACAUUUAGUUUUUAUAUCUGUACAACUGUUGAGAACUGUGGUAGCUAACCAUGUGUUGAUUAGCAUCUUUGAGCUGGGCCCAAAAGUAUCUAAAACUGUCACUACCGUAAGUCACAACCAAAACGUAGUUAGUUAGUAGUUAGUAACGGAAGGGAACACAUAAUCCUUUAUUUGAGGGGAAUAAACUAAAUUUUAGUACAGUUGUGCAAGUUUUUAGUAUUUUAGUAUAUUUUAGUAGUGUUUUAGCAUGAGAGUUAAAAUCAUUACCGAAACCAUCACAACCGAAACAUGGGAUGUUUUGUUAAAAAUAAAGUAUACUGAAUUAUCAGCUAAGAUGUUAUGAUAGUUUUUGGUUCAGUGCAUAUCCAAACCAGUGAAUCCUUAACUUUGAAAUCAGUAUGAUCAGCUUUUUGCCUUUUACAGAGAAAAAUUGGAUUCAAAAUACAACAAAUCUCAUAAAUUACACUUGAAAUAUUGUUAAAAUUGUAAUUGUAAAAUUGCAGCAUCUUAACAGGUCAAUAUAACCUUUCUUAUUAAAUUAUAUAUUACUGUGUUUCAGUAGUGACAAAUUAGGGGGAAGGACAAAUAUUCUAAAACAUUCUGAAAAUAUAGUAUGAGAAUUAACUGCAUAAUUACUAGAAAUGUACCUUGGAUAUUAUACAAUUUGCAUACAUAGAAAAUUUGUGGAAAUAUAUGCUUUUUUUCUGACUUUGCACCAAUUCUGUAGAAUGGCCCAUGUAUGUACUGACAUUAAGUGAUGAUCUGUUAAGUCUCAUACAGUGUUCUGAUAAGAUUGUAUUUUUAUAUUUUGAAUUUUAUAUUUUAUCAUAGAGAGAUUAAGGGUAAUAAGCAACAAUGAAAAUGAAGUGUUAACAGUUCAGCUCAGAGAAUCAGUAGAAAUAAAAGGGCUAGCUCACAUUUACAUAUUGUAUUUCAUUUAAAAAUCUUACAUACAGUAUAUGGCUUAUCUGACAUGUAUAGUUACAGAAUACUGUCAUUAAAUGAAAGAAUAAUUUCAUACAACGUAAUGUCAUAAAAUAGGUAGAUACUGAAUUCCACCGGUCCUAUUUGAUCUUCAAGCUGCUGGUUACUGAGGUUUUAAACAAUGGUUUUAAACUUACAAACAGGAACUUUAGUAUUCAAAUGAAAAAAAUAAAAAAUAAUCAUCCAAAGGAACAACUCAAAUAUCUAUUUUAAAUAAAUGUCUUUUAGACUGAGUUUGAGUGAAUGGGAUGUUUACAAGUUAUCUGCUCAAGGAGAGGGCAUGAUUCAUUACUCUACUUUGAAAUCAUAAUGAUGACCAUAUUAUUAAUUAGUCCAGGCUACAGCAGCCUGAUGACAUGUAAUUAUUCACAAGAGAUUAUUGAGAGAUUAUAAAAGUCUUAUUCAGAUUAAUCAUACGGUAAAGUAUGUAUACUUAAAGAAUGUAUGAGAUUUAUUAAAAAAUAAUUUAUUUUUUAAUCUUUCAUGCAUGGUAUCCUAUGCAUACGUUAUAGAUUUAAUUUUGCAAAUACUUUUACUCAAUCAUUUCUGACAAAUGCACAAUAUAAUAAUUAUGAAAGUGGCAAUAAUAAGCUCAUUCUAACUGUAUAGAUAAGUAUAUUUACAGUAUGUUCUUGAUGGUGCAUUAAGCUGGAAGGCAGAAUCAUAUCUUAAAUAUGUUUUACACUACCUGUACUUUUGGUGUAUAUUUAUGACACUAAUGUUGACAUUGCACAGGAAUUCAUCAGUCAUGGGGAUCGUGCUUCUCGGUGCAAUCCCAACUGCUGUCGUACACUCUGAAGUGUACCAAAAGCAAACAUGAAGACAUUCAGAGUGUGCCAUGCACCACAAACUGUUCUUUUGAAACUGGAAAGGUAAACACUGGUCCGUCUGUGUAUUCAUGUCAUUACCGUUAUGGGAAAAGUGAACUUGUGAUGUAGUCUCAUUUUAAGGAAAUCACUAGAAAAACACAAAAACUGAAUAAAGACCAAGGUAGUGCUUUAUAUAUAUGAUUUCUGUUCGGACAUGUUCUAUACUGUGGAUUCAGAUCACUGUGUGUGUGCAUGUGUUUGUGAAUCAAGCGAAACACAAGGUUAACCCGCUGACACGUUGCUUUUGAAAAUGUAUCAUGGUCUGUGGAAUGCACAUCUGGUUGUUUAGGACCGUCUUGGCAAUAACCUUGGAAAUGAAGUCAAGAGCUGAUUUGUUGGACACUUAAAUCUGUGAUGUUAACUAUAAAACUGAAAACGAUCUAAAUGUUGUGUUCUUCUAAAGCAAGGAAACACUCAUUUGUGCAAAGAGAUUCAUGAAUUCAGUCUACAAGAUUUGAGAAAAUUGUUGGGCUGGACUCCAUGCGUAUUCUGGUGUGAACUGGUCUACCUUUGCAUUAUGUAACAAACGAUAGCAAGGCCUUGUCAUCACCCCAGAAGAAUGAACAACCACUUCUAAUGUAUAUAAUGUAAACAACUUAUUUUUUCUGUAGAGGUAUAAUACAAUGAUAGUGGGGGAUGUUACAAAUGACGUUAAAAAGACAGAAUGUUAGCAGUGAGCGUGUAUGUCUGUUUGCCACUGUGUGAAAACGUGCUGUCUACAAGUUUACACAUCGCUAUACAAACUAUUUAUUCUGUGCUGGAAGACUUACCGCUCUUUUGUUUUGGUCUUUUUGCUUUAUUUUAUUUUGUUUUUUAUUCAUUUGCCAUCUCUUUUGAGUUCACAAAACUCAUCACUGCCCAUCAAAAACAAAAAAGAGGAACUCCACAACUAUGUUGUUUUGUUUUUCUAUACAGUGCUUUUUGGAAGUGUACACUUGUGUGCUCCACUGCUGUACCGUCCCGUGUGUUUGCACUGGCACACACACAGACACACAGGAGCUCCUGAACAAAUCAAAGUGGAUGUGUUCAUUUCAUAUUUCUUGUACCCUUAAACUGCAUGGAAAUCAUAACAUUUUUAAUAAAUUAUUGCAAAAAAAUGUUUUAUUAAUAAAAUAAUUAAAAAUUA